AUGCUCUUCCCGGAGCAAGGUCUCUGCGGCACUGAUGGCGCGAAUCAACAAAUGUCCGGGGCUUAUUGCGGGAUGAGAAGCAGAGAUAAUUGCUUGGAUAGUCUUUGUUUUAGUUCUGAUCUACCUCCACCCAUCAUGAUACGUAGCAAGACCCUUGCGCUCGAGCAAGACAAGGAAAACAUACCUCUUCCGAAAGCUGCGCGGUUGACUGCCAACUCUCCAGCAGCAUUUGACCGCCUCAUCAAACCGUUCAAGUGCCCCGGAUCAGCCAAUUCCCGCAAAUCCAAGGGCGAGCCAUGCCGAAAGCGAAGAAAGGUGAAUUACGUGGAGGCCGAUGGAGGGCAGGAUGACGGGAGCGGCGGUUACAGCAUAGACGGAGAAAGCACUUCACUCAAAGAUCGAUUUCCAAAAUUCAAAGUCAAGGAUACAGAGACCACUUUUCGAGCAAGAUUCUCCGUUCCAUUAAUCAACAAAAAUGCGUUCGAUCCCUCACGACCAGCACCUACCCUGGGUAUGCGACGAGGGGCAACCUUUGUCAAUAAACCCUUACACGAUCCAAGUGGAGAAUUUGCGAUUGUUCUAUAUGACCCUACGAUCGACGAGAAGCUCGAAGACCAGCAAGCAGGGAAUAAGGAAGACGAGAAGCCGAAACUCGAUACCCCGCUCAUGCACAAGAGCCUCGCCGAGAUACUAGGGAUCAAGAAGCAAGUUGAGGGCGAGAGACCGAAGGUUCCAGUUGUCAUCGACCCACGGCUAGCCAAGGUACUCAGGCCUCAUCAAGUUGAGGGAGUGAAAUUUUUGUACAGGUGUACAACCGGCCUAGUGGAUGAGAAGGCAAAGGGUUGCAUCAUGGCCGACGAAAUGGGUUUGGGAAAGACUCUACAGUGCAUCGCUCUCAUGUGGACUCUACUUAAACAGUCUCCUGAGGCGGGCAAGUCAACGAUUCAGAAAUGCAUCAUCGCGUGCCCGGCAAGUUUGGUCAAGAAUUGGGCGAAUGAACUCGUCAAGUGGCUUGGUGAGGGUGCCAUUACGCCAUUUGCGAUCGAUGGGAAAGCAUCAAAAGAAGAGCUCACCAUGCAACUCAAACAAUGGGCGAUGGCCAGCGGGAGGUCUGUCGCCCGACCGGUCUUGAUUGUGUCGUACGAGUCCUUGAGAUUGAACAUUGACGAGCUCAAGGACGUCAAGAUUGGCCUCAUGCUAUGCGACGAAGGUCACCGGUUGAAAAACGCCGAAAGCGAAACAUACAUGGCACUGACUGGCUUAAAUGUUGACCGUAGAGUCAUUCUAUCAGGGACACCGAUACAGAAUGACCUCACCGAGUAUCACUCCUUACUCGACUUCGCAAACCCAGGCUACCUGGGCACCAGAGCUGACUUUCGCAAAAAGUUUGAGUUGCCGAUUCUUCGCGGUCGCGAUGCUGCCGGCUCGGACGUUGAUAAACAGAAAGGCCAGGAAGCCAAUGCCGAAUUGGGCGCCCUCGUCAACAAGCUCAUUAUCCGCAGAACCAACGACAUCUUAUCCAAGUAUUUGCCUGUCAAGUAUGAGCAUGUUGUUUUCUGCAACUUGGCACCUUUUCAAAAGGAUCUAUACAACCAUUUCAUUCAGAGCCCUGACAUCAAAAGUCUUCUGAGGGGAAAGGGUAGCCAGCCGUUGAAAGCAAUUGGUAUCUUGAAGAAACUUUGCAACCAUCCUGACCUUCUUGAUCUUGAAAAAGACCUCCCGGGAAGCGAGAAGUUUUGGCCUGAGGAUUACGUUCCGAAGGAAGCCAGGGGUCGUGAUCGGGAUGUGAGAUCUUGGUAUUCGGGGAAGUUUGCUGUGUUGGAACGCAUGCUCGCACGCAUACGACAAGACACAAAUGACAAGAUUGUGCUCAUCAGCAAUUACACCCAGACCCUGGACGUUUUUGAAAAGCUGUGUCGCGCACGCAAUUAUGGAUCCCUUCGACUGGACGGUACCAUGAAUGUCAACAAGCGUCAGAAACUGGUGGAUAAAUUCAACGAUCCCAAUGGCGAGGAGUUUGUGUUCUUGCUAAGUAGCAAAGCGGGCGGUUGCGGUAUCAACCUGAUUGGGGCCAAUCGCCUUGUCCUCUUCGACCCGGACUGGAAUCCAGCAGCAGACCAACAGGCCCUUGCUCGAGUGUGGCGAGACGGUCAGAAGAAAGAUUGUUUCGUGUAUAGGUUCAUGGGUACUGGGACAAUCGAGGAGAAGAUCUUUCAGCGACAGUCACACAAACAGGCACUGUCUUCAACUGUGGUCGAUUCCGCCGAGGAUGUGGAGCGCCAUUUCACUCUCGACUCUCUACGUGAGCUGUUCCAGUUUAAGCCUGAGACAAGCAGCGAUACCCAUGACACAUUUAAAUGCAAACGAUGUAAACCGGAUGGGGUUCAGCAAAUCAAAGCCCCGGCAAUGCUGUACGGCGAUACAAGUUCUUGGAACCACUUUGUCAACAACGGAGAAAAAGGACCGCUUGGAAAGAUCCAAGACCUCCUGCUGCGGCAAGAAGCAUCGGAAGAUGCUGUCAGCGCGGUGUUCCAGUAUAUCAGUCACUGA